GCAAGACUCUUACGGUAAAUUAAACACUUAUCCAGAUUUUUAUUGUAAUCUAUAUUAUUGAUUAGUCUGCACGUACUUUUGGGACUCGUGGUUUGAAUAAUUCUCUUUUCUCAUAGAAAAAGAAGAAAAAAGAUUCUCUUAUUGUAUAAGUUAGGUUUAUGCUCUUCCUCUUCUCUUCCACCUGAGUCAACAUCAUCCUUUUCAUCUUCAAAAGCUUUUUCCUUUUAAAAUCAUUUUCUUUAUAUUUUUCUUUUUCUCAGUUUUACAGUUCAUUUUUUUCAAGUUUUAAUUCUGAAACUCAGAGCUGGUUCUCUGUUUUGAUCACAUGGUUUUGUUCAGAACAUAACUCUUGUUCCACCAGGACAAUAAAUACCAUCUUCUGAUCACACGUCAUCUUUCCAUAUUCAAGAAAACUUCAUUUUCCAUCGGAAGAUUCGUUUAGGAGAGAAAAUGGAAAGUGGCUUUUAUUCAGAUUGGAAAGAUACUUCUUCUUCUUCGUUCUUUGGAUCAGAGAAUAUGGAGGAAGAGUUGGAAGAUGGAGUUCUUAGAGCUGAAGAGCUUUUCUCAUCGAUUCCUCAACCUCAGACACCUAAAGAGCCAAUGGAGUUUCUGUCUAGAUCCUGGAGUCUCUCUACUUCUGAAAUCUCCAAAGCACUUGCUCUCAAACAUAGACAACAACAAGAUCAGUUUUGUGUUGGCCAGAACAGUCCUCCUGUUUUGUUCCCUGAUGCUGCUGCAGAUCCACUCGUGGCUGGGAAGAUCAUGAACUCUGUUGGCACACGUAGAGCAGGGACAUUGUCUAAAUGGUUUCACCACAACAAGGAACACAGCACCAGCAGUACUACUACCAAUCUCAAGAAGAAAGAUAAAGUGCGUGUGGAGAACGCCCACGUGCAUUCUGCCGUCUCUAUAGCGGCUCUGGCUGCAGGUUUAGCCUCUGUGACAUCUGCUAGCAAUUGCAAAGGGUCAGGCUCCAAGAUGGCACUGGCUUUAGCCUCAGCCACUGAACUGUUGGCCUCACACUGUGUUGAGAUGGCUGAGCGAGCCGGUGCUGACCAUGCACGUGUUACUUCCACGGUUAGAUCUUCUGUGGAUAUCCACAGCCCCGGUGAUCUCAUGACUCUAACAGCCGCUGCUGCAACUGCUUUGAGAGGAGAAGCGGCUCUGAAGGCGAGGCAGCCAAAGGAAGCAAGGAAAAAUGCAGCUAUUACCCCUUUUGAGAGAAGUUUCUCUGAUUCUCAUUGGCAUGCAAAUUUUCAGUAUAGAUUGGAAGAACCAAAUCUUCCAUUUGAAGGCGAACUGAUGCAAUGUGCACGAAAUGGAGUGCAGCGAACUAAGCGUGUCUGUGUCUAUAUCAACAAGAAGUCUCAGGUAAUGAUCAAACUCAAAAGCAAACAUGUUGGAGGGGCAUUCUCUAAGAAAAUCAAAUGCGUUGUCUAUGGAGUCUGCGAUGAGAAAUCAGCUUGGCCUUACAGGAAAGAGAGGGAAAAUUCAGAAGAAGUCUACUUCGGUCUGAAAACCGGACAAGGUCUUUUGGAGUUCAAGUGCAAGAGCAAGAUUCACAAGCAGAGAUGGGUUGAUGGGGUUCAGUCUCUUCUCCGCCAAGUAAAUUGCUUUGAGGCUGCCAAAUGCUCGCUGGGAUCUCUGAAUCUCACUGGUCACACGUGAUGCAGGAUCCUGUAUAUAUUUGAUUAUAUUCAUAUAUAUAAUAUCCAAAUUUUUGCUGUUGUGAGGUAUUUGCAAAACCUGGCAAUGUAACCUCAGAAGACUUUUGGAUAAAACAAAGCAGGUUGUUCAAAUGAUCACAACAAGUGUUAGGAACAUUGCUAUGUACAGAAAGACAUCAGAAGAAUGAUGAAUCUCAAUUGAACUUUUUAUUUCCAA